AUGUCGGUAGUUUCAUUGCUAGGCGUCAAUGUUCUUCAGAAUCCGGCCCGGUUUGGUGACCCAUAUGAGUUUGAAAUCACGUUCGAAUGUUUAGAAACACUCCAGAAAGAUCUCGAAUGGAAAUUGACUUAUGUUGGAUCAGCUACAUCCAAUGAUCACGACCAAGAGCUUGAUAGCUUACUCGUUGGGCCUAUUCCAGUUGGUGUUAACAAAUUUAUUUUCGUAGCAGACCCUCCGGACACCAAUAAGAUACCAGACGCCGAAAUUCUAGGUGUCACCGUCAUUCUUCUAACAUGUGCUUACGACGGUCGAGAAUUUGUCCGUGUUGGAUACUACGUCAAUAACGAGUAUGACUCAGAUGAACUGAACACAGACCCUCCCGCAAAGCCCAUAUUAGAGAAAGUUCGGCGUAAUAUUCUGGCCGAGAAGCCAAGGGUAACUCGCUUUGCAAUAAAGUGGGACUCUGAUGAUUCUGCGCCACCACUCUAUCCACCUGAGCAACCAGAAGCAGACUUAGUGGCCGAUGGUGAAGAAUACGGUGCCGAAGAGGCUGAGGACGAAGACGAAGAAGAGUCUGCGGAUGGGCCAGAAGUUCCAGCAGACCCUGACGUCAUGAUCGAUGAUUCUGAAGCCGCAGGUGCCAUGGUAGAGACUGUCAAAGCAACCGAAGAAGAAUCCGAUGCCGGCAGCGAAGAUUUGGAAGCUGAAAGCAGUGGGAGCGAGGAAGAUGAGAUUGAAGAAGAUGAAGAGCGCGAGGAUGAACCUGAAGAAGCCAUGGAUUUGGAUGGCGCAGGUAAACGAAACGCUGCCAUAUCUAGCAGCAACAACACCGAUACCACAAUGGCUCAUUAA